CCCUUCUCUCUUCCACACUGCACCCCACCCCCACUCCUCUUUCUCCCAUGGCUGCCUCCGUUGAUCCUCUCGUUGUUGGUCGUGUCAUUGGCGAUGUUGUCGACAUGUUCGUUCCCACCGUCACCAUGUCCGUCUACUAUGGUUCCAAGCACGUCUCUAACGGAUGUGACAUUAAGCCUUCUAUGGCUAUCAACCCUCCCAAAGUUGCCAUCGAUGGCCUUCCUGACCAGUUUUAUACUUUGGUGAUGACUGACCCUGAUGCGCCAAGUCCCAGCGAGCCAACCAUGCGUGAAUGGGUUCACUGGAUCGUGUCUGACAUUCCUGGAGGAACCAACCCCACUCGAGGGAAGGAAAUCCUGGCAUACAUGGGUCCACGGCCUCCAGUAGGCAUACAUCGCUACAUACUGGUGCUGUUCCAACAAAAGGGCCCGUUGGGUGCGGUGCAGCAACCGGCGACAAGAGCUAACUUCAGCACUCGAUUUUUCGCUGACCACCUCAACUUGGGACUGCCUGUGGCUACUGUCUAUUUCAACGCCCAAAAAGAGCCCGUCAGCCGAAGGCGUUGAAUCUCCCACACACACUUCUCUCUCUCUCUCUAUAUAUAAAAUAUAUAAAUAUAAAACUGGUUCGACUCUUUAGCUUUAUAAAGUAGCUUUGGCCAAGUGUAGUCCUAGUACGUAGUACGUUUGAGAAGUGUAUGUCUCUUCGUUGGGUUUAUAUUUGAUGCUAAGUUAUCGAACUUUUAUGCCGAUUAACUGAGCUUCCUUAUUCUAAUUUGAGUUAAUCAAGUCCUUAAAUUA